AUGACACUCAUCACCUUGAGCAUCAAUGCUGCUUUGUUGGCUGCGAUCUUACUGAUCUUGUUCGGCUCCCCAAGCCAAGCGGCGCACGUUGAGCGAAGGCAAGAUCAGUGCAAUCCCGCCAACGACCAUCUCACAAUUCAUGAUUGUGCCGUCUUAACUUUCAAGGCAAAAACAAAAUCCUCAGAGGUUCAGGGGCCGUUAACCAUGCGGUUCAAAGCUGCCGAGAUCGUUGACUGUCGAGGGGGCACGGAAGUGUACAUAAGUGAUUCUCACUAGGAAUCGAUUCAAUGGCAAAUUAAUGACAUCCAACCAUUUCUUUAAUCUCCUGUAAUGAUAU